AUGCGGGCGGCGCUGCGGCCGCGGCUCUGGCUGUGGCUGCUGGCCGUGCAGGCGGCCGGGCGCGCCCGGGCCUACGUCGUCCCCAUCGAGGGGACCCCCCGCACCAUCCUCCUGCGGCAGCAAGUGUUUUUGCCCAACGAUCUCAGGAUUUAUACUGAUGGCCGAGGGGGGAUUGUGAAGUCCGAACUUGUGCGUAUCAAGCGUGAUUGCUUCUAUGAAGGCUAUGUGGAAGGUUUCCCGGGUUCCCUCGUGGCACUUAGCACCUGCUCUGGACUGAGUGGGAUUCUGCAGCUAGCAAAUGCCACCUAUGGAAUCGAGCCUCUGGACGCUGCACCAGGAUAUCAGCAUCUCAUUUAUCCAAUGAGGAAUGAAAAUAUAGAGAAUCAGCUUUUUGUAGAAAACAGCUCCCUUGCCCAGCCUCAGGAGAUUUCACAGAAGCUGAAUGCUGGAAUGCGAAAUAAGCACGCUGUCACUAGAUCCCCUCGUUAUCUGGAAGUGCAUGCAAUUUUGGACAAGGCUUUGUAUGACUACAUGGGCGCAGACAAGGAUGCUGUGACUGACAAGAUAGUGCAGCUUUUCAGCUAUGUGAACAGUAUGUUCACUCACCUUAAUCUCACAAUAGUAUUGACUUCCCUGGAGUUUUGGACGGAAAAGAAUAAAAUCCCUACCACAGGAGAUGCUGAGGAGUUACUGCAGAGGUUUUUGCAGUGGAAGAAUACGCAUCGUGUCUUGCGGCUACAGGACAUAACAUACUUAUUUGUUUACAGGGAGCAGCCCCGUUACGUGGGGGCAUCUUCUGCGAGAAGGCUGUGCCUCAAGAACUAUGCUGGAGGGGUUGCCUUGUACCGAAGAGCUAUGACGCUGGAGACAUUUUCGGUGAUCCUCGCACAGCUGCUAGGGCUGAGCCUGGGAAUAGGCUAUGACAAUUCCAGGAGCUGCCACUGCGCGGGAGCCACCUGCCUAAUGCAGAGCAAUGCAGCACGCUCGACUGGUACGAAAGCCUUCAGCAGCUGCAGCAUAAGAGACUUUCAGCAUUUUCUCACCACUGGAGAAGGGCAAUGUCUUUGGAAUAAGCCAAUUAUGGAUAUAUCAUAUAAAGCUCCCGUGUGCGGCAAUAAAGUGGUGGAGCCAGGAGAGGCUUGUGACUGUGGUUCAGCGGAGGAAUGUCAGCAUGAUCAGUGCUGUACAGUUGGAUGCAAAACUAAGAAAGGGGUCGAAUGCCUGUCUGGACCAUGCUGCUGGAGAUGCCAGUUUCUGAAGAGAGGUACGUUAUGCAGAACCAGCCCUGAGGAUGAGUGCGAACUGAAAGAGUAUUGCAACGGUACCUCUGGGCAGUGCACACCGAACUUCUGGGUCAUGGACGGGCACCCCUGCAACAAGAGGAGCGCCUUUUGUUACAAAGGAGUUUGCCAGAUGGCCGACAAGCAGUGUCAGAAGAUCUUUGGGAAAGGUGCCAGAAAUGGGCCCUUGGCCUGUUACGAAGAAAUUAAUGGUCAAAGGGACAGAAUGGGACACUGUGGCUCCGAUGGGAGUGGUUACCGGAGUUGCGCAUGGAAGGAUCUCCGAUGUGGGAAGCUCAUUUGUGAAUAUCCAGGUCAUAAGCCAUUUACUAAGGAGAAAGCAGCAGUCAUUUAUGCACGGGUGCAGAAUUCGUUGUGUGUGACAUUAGACUACAUGAAGUCUCCCACGGAGAAGGACCCGAUGCUGGUGAACGACGGCACUGUCUGCGAUGACCACAUGAUCUGCAUGAACCAGAAGUGUGUGCCUGCUACCGUCUUGAACUACAAGUGUGAAAUAAAGACGAAAUGCCACAAUCGCGGCGUAUGCAAUAACAAAGGGCACUGUCAUUGCCAUCCCGGUUGGAAGCCACCCACCUGCCAAGAGAAGGCAAGCACGAUGGGAGGAAGCACCGAGAGCCUGUUCAGAGGUGAUGAUGCAGUCAUCCCAAGCAAGAAUGUGCUGAGGAACUGGCUCCUUAUAAGUUUCUGCCUCUUUCUGCCCAUCCUCAUCGGGGCUGCUGCACUGGUAAUAAGGCGAAGCGAAUGGUGCGACUGCCACACUCCAGAGGAGUUGCCACGAGACGACGUGUAAUGAAGAAGCAGGGCUGCACAAGGUGAUUGGUCACGUGAAGCCUGGAUGUUUUCUGCAUUGCUCCCAAAAGGAAGAGAGUGAGUGGGACACACUGUGUUUGAGAUGUGUCCUGCUGGGCCAGGUCUGAGGCAUGGAAGCUAAGAGCCACGUGACCUCAGAGGACUGUGGCAGUCUGCUGAAGAGCUUGCUGUAAGUGCCCAUAGCUUGUGUUUGGUUCAA